GCUUCGAAGUUACCUGGGAUGAAGAAAACUGCUGCCUCGUAGAUGAUGCUGAAAUAAGAUCAAUGCGCAAACACAGGUGUUCAGCGCGACUAGGCGAACAAAACGGGAUUUGUCCUUGCGCGUUCAUCCGGGGAAGAGACAGUUUUAGCGUGUGCCGUCUCGUACUAGAACUCAGCUAGGAUGGCUGAUGACCCCACCGUGAGAUCUGAAGUGGAGGAGCUGCAGAGGAGGGCAAAUCAGGUGACAGAUGAGUCCCUAGACCUCACCAGAAACAUGAGGCUUCUCUUAGAAGAGAGUAAAGAUGCUGGAAUCAGGACACUUGUUAUGCUGGAUGAGCAGGGAGAACAACUGGACCGCAUUGAUGAGGGCUUGGAUCAGAUCAACAAGGACAUGAAGGAGGCUGAGAAAAAUCUCACUGAAAUGGCCAGGUGCUGCUGUCUCUGCAUCUGGCCAUGUUCAAAGCUAAAAGACUUUGAAGCAAGUGGGGCUUAUAAGAAGGUAUGGGGUAAUAAUCAGGAUGAGGUGAUAUCUAGCCAGCCCUCUUCCCGAGUGGUGGAUGAGAGAGAGAAGAUGACCAUGAGUGGUGGAUAUAUCAGAAGAGUGACCAACGAUGCAAGGGAGGAUGAAAUGGAGGAAAACUUGGCCCAGGUAGGCAGUAUCCUUGGCAACCUCAGAAGCAUGGCACUUGACAUGGGCAAUGAAAUCGACACUCAGAAUGUCCAGAUUGAACGCAUACAGAGCAAGGCCAUAGUCAAUGAGUCCCGCAUCAGUGAGGCCAAUCAGAGGGCCACAAAGUUAAUAGCAAGAUAAAAACAUGGGAGAGUCUAUGAUUUGUUAAACACGUUUACAGUUUUCUGUAGGAAAAUGUUCACACAACAUGAUACAAAUUAUUAAGCCAUAUGUCCCUUUAUAUAAUUAUUUAUGGAACUUGUAUUUCUGCCUAUUGAUAUGACUAUGUUAUUAAUGUAUGUUCUGAGAGCAUAGCUCAAUAAAAAUGGAAUGAAUAGUAAUAUACAGUCACUAGUCUGCAUUAUCUUGUGCUGUAUAAAGCAUAUUGUAUAAAAAGCAAUGUUAGACUGCUAUCUUGUUCUUUUUACCAGACCUGUAGAACAUGAGUUAUAACUACUAACUUACUAUCACUCUAACU